AUGGUCGCUUUUUUUGGAAUUUCCCUCGUUGCACUCGCGCUGCCUCUCCUUGCCCUGUCCGAACCUCACGGCCUGGCCCAUGUUCACCGCCAUAAGGACGUUGCGAAGCGCGUGAAGGGUGACCUGCAGAUCCAAAAACGCUUCAGCGGGUCCAAAUGGUCCUUCUACGCCACUGGCCUAGGUGCUUGUGGGGGUCACAACAACGACGGUGAUUUCAUCGUCGCUUUGAAUUCGCCUCAAUAUGGAGGUGGAUACCCUGGCCCGCAAUGCUUCAAGAAGAUCACCAUGAAAUACGGUGGCAAAACUGCUACUGCCACCAUCGUGGACGAGUGUCCUGGCUGCCCAUACGGCGGACUUGACCUCUCGCCUGGUCUGUUUGCCUUCUUCGAUUCCCCGGACAAGGGUAUUAUCUUUGGUGAAUGGAACUUCGUCGGCGAUUCCAAGCCGGAGCCUAAGCCAGAGCCCAAACCUGAGCCUAAGCCCGAACCAAAGCCCGAACCGAAGCCUGAACCAAAGCCAGAGCCCAAACCCGAGCCCAAGCCGGAGCCCACAACCACCAAGAAGAAGCCUACUCCUACCCCUACACCCACCCCGACUCCUACCCCUACCCCUACACCAAAGACCACCAGCAGCUCGGAACCCGAGCCUACGACUACUUCGUCGUCGUCGUCGUCGUCGUCCAGCGUUGAGCCAUCAUCAUCAUCGAUCGUACUCCCAUCUGUGGACUACUCUACAGGCGUCGCGAGUGGCCUUGCUGUGCCCACUGGUGUCGUGGUCGUCUCGUCCGAUACGCCUGAGACCAUCAACAACAUGAACCAAGCAAUCAUCGGCGUCGCAGCCAUAAUGGUCGGCGCUGCCAAAGCUUCAUAA